GGGAAAUAAAUUAAAGUUUUUAUUAUUCUUAAUAUUGAAUAUUGUACAAUCAAGUAACGAAAUUUAUUUUUUGGUUUAAAAUGGCUCCAAAUAUUGUAACCAGUACUGAUACAGAUGGAAAAAUAAUUUAUAAGAAACCAGCACAACAUUCUAACAUAAAAGAACACAAUUUAGAAGAUGUCGCGAAUCAUAAUAUUGAUAAUAAAUCCGCACCUAAAGAUUAUUCCAAAAUGUUACCAGCUGAAAUUGGUACAGAUUGGUCGUUUAAACGUGAAAUUGUAUGGUUUAAUGCAAUUGGUUUUUUAAUAUUACAUUUAGCGGCUAUUUAUGGAUUUUAUCUAGGAUUUACUAGUGCACACAUAUUAACAUCAUUAUGGAGUCUUGCAAUAUCAUUCGCAUCAGGUGAAGGUGUCACAAUUGGAGCCCAUAGAAUGUAUUCACAUAAAGCUUUCAGAGGGCACUUUCUCACGCGAUUAGCACUUGUAAUUUUACAUACAAUUGCUGGACAAAAUUGCAUGUACAUUUGGGUACGUGAUCAUCGUCAACAUCAUAAAUAUAGUGAUACAGACGCUGAUCCACAUAAUGCCACUCGUGGAUUCUUCUUUUCACAUAUUGGUUGGUUAAUGUCACGUAAACAUCCAGCUGUAAUUGCUAAAGGCAAAUCCAUUGAUAUGUCAGAUCUAGAAGCUGAUCCUAUAAUAAUGAUCCAAAAAAUAUUUUACAAACCCUUAUAUUUAGUAUUUGCCGUUGCAUUACCAGUAGCAAUUCCAGUAUAUUUUUGGGGUGAAAAUUAUUGGAAUUCAUUCUUUGUAGCAUAUAUGGCACGUUAUAUAUUAGAAUUGAAUAUUACAUGGCUAGUGAACAGUGGAGCACAUGCUUGGGGUAAUAAACCUUAUGACAAAGAUAUGCUACCUGGUGAAAGUAAAAUUGUCGGUUAUCUUGCAUUCGGCGAAGGUUGGCACAACUAUCAUCAUGCAUUCCCAUGGGAUUAUCGUGCAGCUGAAUUAGGUAUCCGGUACAGCCCAACAACAAUGAUUAUUGACAUUUUAGCAUUUUUGGGCUUAGCCACUGAUUUAAAAACAACAAGCGAUUCGUUAAUUAAAAAACGUAGUCUACGUACUGGUGAUGGAACGCAUCCUUUAUAUUCGAAAGGAGUAUUAAAAGAAAUGGAUGUAGCAGAUGAAGGUGAUAUCGAUUUAAAAGGACGUGUCACAAAUUAUGAUAGUAAUGAUAAUCUUGAUACUGAAGAGGUUAAACUAGUUGAAAGAGGUUAUUAAAGAUAUAAAUUUGAACAUCUUGAUAUUUUUAUGAAAAGACU